AUGGAUAAGAGCAGCAAAAACUCCAACGGCAACAACAGGCAUCGUUCACCGGCGCAGGAGCAAGGACAGAAGCAGCGAGGCCGACUUCAAAGGAAGGCUCAGGAGGCCGCCCCCAAAGUUUCAGAGGAGAAGCCCCAUCCGUUUAUUGGCCAGGAACUUCGUGUCGUGCUUGAAGAUCAACGUGUUAUUGUGGGAACACUCAUUGCCUACUUGGGUCUCGGGGAUUUGCUUUUGCAGGACGCCUUGGAAGAGCGCCGUUACGCUGAUGGGGAAUUGAACCACCGGCAACUUCGUUUGAUAGCAAUACCUUUCAAGCACGUGACGGCGAUGCACCGGCGGCGCCCGGGAAAUACUCCCAUCGCGCAGGUCGGGGCUUGA